AUGACAGUACAACAAUUAGACGCUCUUCGUGACCAACUCAAGAACGAAACCAGCUCUCCUUCUCCUAACCUUCAAAAAGUGGGCCAAUAUUUAACUCAAGCCAAAAUUGCUUUGAUUGAAUUAGGUGCUUUUGUUCCUGUAGCUGGAAAGACAGACCCUAAUGUCUUGGUGAUUGCACGUGAUAUUCUUGAAGCAGGUGCUUAUUAUAGUGUUCGUAUCAAGGAUAUUGGAUCAUUUGAGAGAUAUAUUGCACAACUCAACACAUACUAUCAUGACCUUGUGUCUGUUCUUCCUCCAUCAAAUCAAAUGUAUCCACUUAUUGGACUCAACUUACUUCGAUUGUUAUCACAAAACAGAUUGUCUGAUUUCCAUACAGCACUUGAAUCUAUUGACCUUGAUCAAUUACAAUCCAACCAAUACAUUAAACAAGCUGUUGAUUUAGAGCAAUUUUUGAUGGAAGGUAGCUAUAACAAAGUCUGGAGCACAAGAAGUACUGUGCAAGGAGAAGAAUUCAUGUUUUUCUAUGAUAUUUUAAUCAGUACUAUCAGACAUGAAAUUGCUAGUUGCAGUGAAAAAGCAUAUGAAUAUUUGCCCUUAAACGAUGCCAGUACCUUGUUGUUUUUAAAGAAUACCGAGGAAUUGUUGAAUUUUGCAUCUGAACGCGGUUGGAAAGUGAACCCUGCUGAACAAAAGAUUUACUUUGGUUCAGAAGACAAUGAUAUUGUAGAAAUUCCUCAGGAACAAAUUAUUACGCGUACAUUAGGUUAUGCUAGAGAACUCGAACUUGUCAUGUCUGCACUCCUCUUGUUCAUGAUGGUGUAUUUUGUCAUUAUGUUUUCAGAUCUCGAGUGCGACUAUAUCAACCCUAUUGAUCUUUGCAAUAAACUCAACCAGCUUGUUUUACCAGAAAUGGGAGCACAUGCUUUCUUGUUCUUUAUGUUCCUGGUAAAUGGUAGUUGGAUGGCUUUACUUUUGAAUUUGCCUUUGGUUGCAUUUAAUGCUAGAAAGGUCAUGAAUGGUCGUCAUAUGUAUGAUGCUACCGAAAUAUUCCGUACUUUAUCUCAGCAAAAGAAAGAAUGCUUUAUUAAGCUUGGUUUUUACUUGAUUGUAAGUAUUAGUGUUUCUAUGUCUAUUUAA